GCUCACGAUAUGAGGUGCUCGAUUGAUGACUCAACGGGUGUGCCUCUCAAAGACUUGAGAAACGACGCCAACCCAGGCGUGUUGACAACAGUAGGUGGACCCAUGGUGGUGUAAGCUGAGCUUCCGGCGGGCUAAGUUUAUGGCUCGGGAGCGGGCGAGUGCGCCGGAGAAGUUUUGGGAAUAUGACGCGCUUCUUUUGACCGACUGGUGCGGGGCACGAGGAACCGGGUGCACAGAACGCAGGCGAGAGCAGGAAUCCAACAGGCAACACCAGGCGCCAGUCAGUUCAAUCGAGCUUCAGACGCGUUGCGAGGCAAGGGUACUGGCAGGCGCGAGGAAUGUAAAGUCGUCAGACUACUCGUGGCUACGCAGAUGAAUCGCGACGCCUUUCUGCCAAUUUUCACCGCCAGUCGGCAACGUGCCAAUCAGAUGCCCGCCUUGGGCAUCGUCGGUGCAGACUGCAGACGGAUCGUGCGCUUUCCCACUGUCGUCAUGCGCGGUGUCGAGUGUCGAGGCGUACGCGGUGCUUCCGGUACGGGAAGAGGCGUGGGCUGGUGGGGGAUCUGGAUGAGUCAAGAGCACGGUCAAGAGUCGUCUGGAGCGGCUGUACGGCGAGGGCGUUUGGCGUUGCUGCCGGAUGCCGCUGGGACGAGAUUAUGGAACGCGUCAAGGGAGGCUAUGAGUAGAGGAAAAAACACCCUGACGAGUCGUCAUCACCCAGGUCGCGCCGCUCAUUCUAUCUACACUCCCCCAACCGAAAACAUUCAGCCCAUCUCAAUCACCCCACCUAAUCUCCUGUCCUUGCCCUUCGUACCUCCACCGACUCAGAUACGCCAAACUGGCGUUGAGCUCCGUAGUGCGGACAUUGUUGGAUCGGGGAUCUUUUGCUGGUGCUGAUUCCGUACUGUGAGGUCGAGGCUGGAGUUAUGAUCCAGUGACGAUUCCCCUGCCGUACGAAGUAAGAGAGGGGGUGAUGGGACGGAGGAUUGACACGCCGAU